AUGCUGAAACCAUUUCCUCGAAUCCCCAAUUACCUGGUCCCUCCGCUGUUACCGCCACCGUCGCCGAUCGAGCCGGAGCCUGAGCCACCGUCUCCGCCGCCAACGAAGCCCGACCACUUUCUGUCUUCGCUAUCCUCCCUCAGAGUGACUUCGGAGUUCGACAGUGAUAGCCGCGUAUUCUUCCACAAGCUGUCCUGUAAGCUGUUCGACAACCUCGCCAAGAUCAAGCUCUCCUUCAUCAACAACUGCAAACGCGAGAUCACGGAGCCACAGCUGGCCUUGUUCUCCAAGCAAUUGUCCGUCUACUACGACCCUGAAGAACAGAACGCUGUAUUGCAGGGCUCCUACGAUGUGAAUCCCACCUGGCAUUUGAAAGCCGCCCUUGAUUUCAAGGCACAACAAGGUGAAGUGGCAGUAAUUGCAAAAUUUGCUGAUCCCAGCUAUGCUGUUGAAGUGUCGUCACCAAUUCCGGAUAUUUCGUUGCCCAAAGCGACAUUUAGAUUUCCCAUGGGAGAAGUUUCAUUAGAGGAGAGGGAAGAGGAUGAUGUGCCCAAGUUGUCAUUAAAUGGAAUUGUUAAAGGUCCAAUUUUGAAAGGAGUUGGCACUGCACGUUACAAGGAUGAAGAAUUGAAACUAAGAUACUCAUAUAAGGAUGGGACAAUGUCAUUUACUCCUAGCAUUUCACUGCCAACAAAUAGUGCAUCGUUUGCGUUCAAGCGACGUUUCAGUCCAUCGGAUAAAUUCAGCUACUGGUACAAUAUUGAUACAAACUAUUGGAGUGCCGUGUACAAGCACACGUAUGACAAAGACAUGAAAUUCAAAGCAGGCUAUGAUUCAGAGGUUCGUUUAUGCUGGGCUUCACUAUGGGCUGGUAAUGAAAAAAGAAAGGAUAAGUCGUCCCCAGUGAAGAUGGAAAUCCAGUUCAUGAUACAGGGAUCGCAGGAUGACAUCAAGUCAACGGUGAUAUUGUUCCGUGUUAAGAAGAGGUGGGAUACUAUUACAUUGCCCCAUUUCAGUUUCCAUAUCUCACAAACAGCUCCAAUGGUGCUUCAUCCGAUCACUGUUUCUCUGCCUUUGAUCUCUGAGUCUGAUACCGGUUCAGGUUUUCGUAACCAAAUCACGCGCAACACGAAUAGACCCUCAGUCGCAUCAUCUUCGAGAUGCCACCACCCGAAUAACUCAUCCAUUCUUAAAUGCUGGAGGUUCUGGUGCAUGAUGGUAUUGAUAUUUCCUCUUAGUCCCCAGUUAUGGGUCUGUGGUUGGUCUCUCAGGGAUGUAUGGCUAAGACAGAAUAGCUUUGGGGACAAUGCGUUUGGUUAUUAUGAAACAAUUAGAGGAGUGGGGCUGGAUGGAACAAGUGCUGCCCUCUGUUCCAUAUGA